AUGUUGCCCUACAGGCGGGGCCUCAUCGACAUCGAGGGCGUGGGCGAGGGCUUCGCUCCGGAAGCCUCCUCCCUUGAACCCGCCGCCGACGAGCGCGGCGCCUGCCGGCAGCGGAGCCGCCCGCCGCCGCAGAGCCUGCCGACUGCGGAGCCGGCCGGCAGCGGAGCCUGCCGCCAGCGGAGCCGCCCGCCGCUGCGGAGCCUGCCGGCAGCGGAGCCACCCGCGGCCACCGAAUGUCCUCCAGAAUUUCCUUCAGACCUCAAGGGAGGCGGGGCCUGCGCCCCCCCGGCUGCUCCAAAGGAAAUGGGAGCAGCAGCUCCCGGUGCAGCUCUCGGCGCUGGAGCCGCCGCCGUGGCCGCCGCCGCGACCCCAGCAGCGGGGCCGCCCGGGAGGCUGCCGCCACCCGCGCGGGAGUCGACCGAGUCCGUUGCUGCUGCCGCGCCCGCAAUCGCCUCGGAGACCACGAAGACCUCGGAGACCCAGAAGAGCUUGGAUCCCAGCCAGCCCGCCAGGAACAUGGCCUACAUACUGGUCCUCGCGGAGGUGCGGCAGUGGCAGGCCGAGGGGGAGAGCGUGCCAGCCAUCGCAUCCCGCCUGGAGGCGGAGGCGCAGCGCUGCCAGGCCCUCGGGGCCGAGCGGCGAUGCCGGGACACGACGCGCCUCGGCGUCGCCUACGCGAUGGCGCGGCAGGCCAUGGGGGCGCGUGGCCUGGUCUGA